AUGUCUUCGUCGCGUUACACGCAGCAGCCGCUGCAAAUUUAUCAAGAUCCCGUCACAUCUUAUGAUAGCGCACCAAUGCCGUCGACGAAAAAUUCAAGAAAUUCAAAAAAAUCAUCGCCCUUGAGAACAAUCAAGAACAACGCCUCGAAACGAAAUGUGAUCUUCAACCCACCUCAAACUGGACCUAGCAAACACUCACCGCUGAAGUCGAAUAAUCAUAUUUCAAGUUCGCCUUCAAGGGCACCAUUUGGCAAUAAACUAAACAUGGUACCGAUGCCACCACCUUCAGGAUCGCGAUGCACUACCGACUCGAUUGCGAAGAAGCAACCCUUUCAACCUAAAUAUAAGUGUGCCCCGCAGAAAGCACUAUUUACCACUUUCAUGAACACUCGACCUCAAGGAAAAGAGAACUGUCCACAUUCUAUAUAUUCGUCGCAUUCACAACCACAUUUUCGCGACGAUUUUUCAAGCUGCAACUUUUCCUUGGAAGGAUUGUAUGGUCGGAAACCUUCACUGAAGCGGUCUUUGAUGGAAGCAGCCCCCAUUCCGGAAGCGAAAGUUCAAAACAAGUCGAAAAUAGAGGAGGGAAAUGACACAUCAACCCCUCGGGAACUUCCGGAGCCGGACUCAUUCCCGCCGAUUCACGACGACGGCUUCAAACCUUCUCACAGUUAUGCUCAGUUGAUCGGCAUGUCGAUCUUAAGAGCUCCGAAUCGACGCCUCACUUUAGCGCAAAUUUACAAAUGGAUAUCCGAUAACUACACUUUCUACAACGCAGCCGACGCCGGCUGGCAAAAUAGUAUUCGUCAUAAUCUUAGUCUUAACAAGGCUUUUGUAAAACAGGAGCGACCAAAGGAUGAUCCAGGAAAAGGUAAUUAUUGGGCAAUUCAACCAGGAAUGGAAUAUCAAUUCAUCAAGGAGAAGACCUCACGGAAACCUGCAGGCCCCAAUGAGAAUCUCCCGGUCUUAAAUACAGCCCUGACACCUGUCGACCCACCAGAGCCUACACCACCCACGCCAAUGUUUAAGGAUUUACCCUCGUCUAGCCACGAGGUAUCAUUGCCAAAAUCAACGUAUACCUUGCCAGACAACGAACUUCCUCCUAUCCCAGAGUUAUCCUCAGAUGCCACAAUUCCUGCUUCAGAAUUCAACCAAGAAGUUGAAGAGGAAGACGCCCCUCCAUCUUCCCCGCAAAUACAAUCAUCCCCACCAACAGGAUUAAUGCAUUCUUCUCCUCCUGUGCGUGGCCGAGCCGAGGAAGAAAUCGCUCGUCUUCGUGGUUCCUCGUACGAUAGCCCCAGCAAAGGCAGGUCGUUUGGUGGAUUCAUUCCACCAUCAUCUUCUCCAUUACGUCGAGUUCAACCACAUGACAACUAUCAAAUGCUGCCCCCACUUACUCCUGCUGUCAAGUUAAAGGCUCCCCUGAAACCACCACCGUCAAUAUCUCCAAACACAAACCUUCGCAUGCAUCGUGAUAGGGUUAGGGAGCUCGUUGGCUCGCCAAUCCGUGGCCUAACUGUUCUUGAAGAUAGUGCAUGGAGCCCAGCUUUCAAUCUUGACAAUAAUUCCUACAUGUUUUCCGGUUACGUGCCAGACCUUGAUAUAUUCCAAGAUUCUACAGCAUCCUUUCCCGGUACAAGCAAUGGAUCACCAGAGAAGAGAUCAGCUAAGAGACCUCGUUUGGAUCGUUCGAGAUCUGCAAAACUUUUAUCUGAUGUGACCAAUUUCAACUUGAAUAAGAGCCUCACCUCUACACCGAUUCUCAAACUUACACCCUCGCUAGGUGGACCUUCACCAUACCUAUCCCCAACGAAAGGAGGUUUGCACUUUAUGGAUUCUCCAUGUAAACCAAACAACUCUUCGAAAUUCAAUUCCCCAACCUUGAACCUUGGUAACUUCGACCUUCCUCAGGAUGAUUUUUUCAACUCUGAAUUCCUCACUGAAGAUCUAUCGGACUAUGCAGGUCUCGAUAUUACACAGCGCUUUCCAAAAAUCGGUUCCGGAGCUCAACAACAAUCAAGGAAUACACCCAAGAAUCAACCACCUCGACCAUCAAUGGGCCGAAGUUCUACUUCACGCUUCUAG